UCUUGGGAUAGCUAAGUUUUGGGUAUAAAAUGGGCUCAAAAGUUCAAUUGAACACUUGUAUAUCUUCUGAGAAUACUACAAAACUAUUACUUUGCUAUUGUGUUUGCAAUAUUUCAAAAGAAGAUCAAAUGGCUGCUAAUAAUGAUCUUAUAACGAGGUUCCCCUUCCUUCAACUUGUGAUCGGAAGGACAUGCAUGAUUUGCCUAGAGAAUUUCAACUUAAGAGACUAUUCAGAAAAUGGCACCAAAAGAGCCAUUACCUUCAUCCAAGGUUGUCAUGGACACCCUGCCCACAUGCGGUGCUUUUUGGACUGGAUUAUUCAUGCGGAACAAGAAUACGACGUUGCUUGUCAACAUUUGAUCGACACUGUUGUGUUACCAAACAACAUGAGUGGUCAAGAAGCUGCAAACCUCUUUCAAGAGCGACUCAGUAAUCUUCGUCAUGUCAAUCCCAUAUGUUCAACAUGCGCAACGCCGCUUGUAGUAAACGAGUACAUUCACCUUACUGCCAUGGCUCCUCCUCCUCCUCAUUUGAUUCCCUCUGCCCAACAUCUCCCAUUGGCCCCGUAUGACAUACCCAUGGACCUGCAUGUUACACUUCCAAAUUACCGUUCUGGUUGUUGCAACUACCCUCACUUGCCUCGAGAGUGGUUCGUCAUUACACAGCCGUGUCGUCACACCUUGCACACGCGUUGUUACCUCAACCUGCUCAUGGGGAACAUGUCAUGGAGGAAUGUUCGUCGCCUACUCAACCCUGACAACAUAGUUCGGUGCCCAACCUGCGAUGUUGUGGUUGAGGAGGUCCACCCCAACUGCGUCAGAGCUUAUGAUUAGGGUUUGACACUGGUGUUGUUGUAUGUCGUAAAAUGAAUAAUGUCUGUGUCCCUUUGCUAUGCGUGGGAUAUAGAUAUAUGUCUAUCAUUUAUUUUUACUAGUGUUGUGUGUUUAUGAUUUCUUUUAGGUGUUGUACUGUUGCAUUUGCUUUUGUGGAGUUGUAAUUGAACUUUAGUUGUGAAACUGGUUAGAGUAUCACAUUCAUUUGCAUAAA